AUGCAAACCCAAGCCUACGUACUCUCCGAGGUCAACGCCGCCUUCGCCCUCCAAGACGUCACGCUGCUCGAGCCAGAAGCCGAGGAGGUACUCAUCGAGGUGGUUGCCUGCGGUAUCUGCCACACCGACUUGUCCGUCCAGAACGGCGCCUUCCCCUCGCCGUUCCCCAACACGGUCGGUCACGAGACGUCGGGAAUCGUCGUCAAAACUGGCUCCGGCGUGACGAGGGUCAAGGCGGGCGACAAGCGAGGCCAUCCUGCGGCCUGCGAGGGGUUCGCGCCCAUCAACUUUGGUCGUCAGCGCAGCGCCGCCCUCGGCAGCAAGGCCGGCAUUCGCGGGUCAGGCGGCGAGGAGAUCUACGGUGCCUUCUUCGGGCAGAGCGGCUUCGCAAAGCACGCCGUCGUCGUCGAGAACUCGGUCGUCAAGGUGGCAGACGACGCCGACCUCAAGACGCUCGCGCCCAUCGGCUGUGGCUUCCAGACGGGCGCCGGCGCCCUUCUCAACAAGCUCAAGCCCGCCAAGACGUCGAGCAUCGCCAUCUCGGGCCUCGGCGCCGUCGGCGCAGGCGCCCUCUUUGCGGCCAACUACCUCGGCAUCGAGACCAUCGUCCUCCUCGACGUCGUCGACGGCAAGCUCGAAAUGGGCAAGGAGUUCGGCGCGACGAUCACGUUCAACGCUCGCGACGCCGACGUCGUCGAGCAGGUGCGCAAGGCGACCGACGGCGGCGUCGACUACUUUGUCGAGUGCAGCGGCAACGUGCGCGCGCUCGAGGCCGGGUGGGCCAUGACGGCCAACCUCGGCACCCUCCUGUCGUGCGGCACGCCCGGUCCCGGCGUCCACCCGCCGUUCGGCAUCUUCGAGAACCUCGUCGCCUGCAAGACGUACAUCGGCCUGUGCGAGGGCGACUCGAACCCGCCAGAGUUUGUCCCGUUCUUGAGCCGGCUGUACGCCGAGGGCCACUUCCCGGUGGACCGGGUCUCUCGACAGUUCCCGUUCGACAAGCUCGACGACGCCAUCCACGCCAUGCACACCGGCGAGGUCAUCAAGCCCAUCCUCGUCUUCAAGACCGACUGA